AUGCGAAAUAUGGAACAAACGUUUGUCAAAGUAAAUUUCCCCGAGGUCGAAACGUUGGCUACGAUUCCAUCCAGCUCAGACGAGCCUCUCAGCCAAGGACAGGAUGAGUGCAGUGCCAAUGAUCUCAAUGACACCCACAAACCCGACCCUGUCCCCUUCCCCAUUGCCAUCGUGGGCAUGGGAAUGCGGCUCCCAGGUGGAGUGAGAUGCGCUGAGGAAUUCUGGGAAUUCAUUAUCAAUAAGCGUGACGGUCUUUGCGAGGUGCCGGGCUCAAGGUAUAACGUGGAGGCGUUCUACGACGAGUCACGCCCAGGGGCAAUCCGCACUAAGCAUGGACACUUCAUCCACGAGGACAUCGCUCAACUGGACAAUGUAUUCUUCGGUAUAGGCAAACCUGAAGCAGAGAAGCUCGACCCACAGCAAAGACUCCUGCUGGAAGUUGUCUGGGAGUGUAUGGAAAACGGUGGACAGAUCGACUGGCAGGGUAGUAACAUUGGCUGCUACGUAGGUGUUUUUGGAGAGGACUGGCUGGAUCUCCUGAGCAAAGACACUCUCCAGCACGACAGAUAUCGCGUCAUGAGUGCCGGCGACUUUGCUCUAUCCAAUCGUGUCUCUUACGUGUACGAUCUGCGAGGACCAAGUGUCACUCUUCGAACAGGUUGCUCUUCGUCCAUGGUCGGAUUGAAUGAUGCAUGUCAAGCCCUGUAUGCCGGUGACUGCUCCUCUGCCCUCGUCGCGGGCACGAACCUCAUCAUGGGCCCGACCAUGACUACCACGAUGUCCGAAAAUUUGGUUGUCUCCACCAGCGGAAUAUGCAAGACCUUUGACGCAGCAGCAGAUGGAUACGGCCGAGGAGAGGCCAUCAACGUGAUUUACAUCAAACCACUCCACGACGCGCUUCAGCAAGGGGAUCCAAUCCGCGCGAUUAUUCGGUCAACCGCAGUGAAUUGUGACGGCAGAACCCCGAGUAUCACGACACCGGGGGCCGAAGCCCAGGAGCAACUGAUCCGACACGCAUAUCAGAAGGCGAGGAUCGACGGGGACGAAGUAUGCAAAACGGCCUUCUUCGAGUGUCACGGCACGGGGACGCUGGUCGGCGACACGGCAGAAACGUCGGUCGUCGCCAACAUUUUCGGGCGCCAAGGCAUCUACAUAGGGGCGGUUAAGCCCAAUGUCGGCCACUCGGAGGGUGCCUCAGGCAUCACAAGCAUCAUCAAAUGCGUCUUGGCCCUCGAGCAGAACCUCAUCCCUCCCAACGUCCACUUCCACACCCCGAAUCCCAAAAUCCCCUUUGACAGUGCUAAGCUCCGCGUCCCGGUGGAGCCCACUCAGUGGCCUGCCGACCGACACAAGCGAGUCAGCGUAAACUCGUUUGGUAUCGGAGGCACAAAUGCUCAUGUUAUUCUCGAUUGCGCCUCCCUUCCGUCUCCUUUCGAACCAAUAAUAGCUAGACCGCGUCUUCGACCGAAUAACGAUGCCCACUUGCUCGUUGUCUCCGCCAAAAGCAAGAGCUCACUAGACAGGCGUGUUGAUACAGUUGCCCAAUAUGUGAAAGACAGAAUCCCAUCUGUCGAGGACCUUUCGUAUACCCUUGCGCGAAGACGCGUUCAUUUGCCUAAUCGUGCAUUCGCGUUAGUCACCAAAAAUGGGCUACUUUCAGCAUUCGAAAAGCCAAUGUCCGUUGGGCCACGGGUGGUUUUCGUGUUCACUGGACAAGGAGCGCAGUGGCCCAGGAUGGGAAGAGACCUGAUGGUCCAAUUUGCAACAUUUCGGGAUGAUAUCCAAAACUUGGACCGUGUAUUGCGGACAUUGGAAGCCGCGCCCUCAUGGACAAUUGAAGAGGAACUGUCGAGGGACAAUGAAGCCAGCCGGAUAGGAGACGCUGAAUACGCGCAACCUCUCACCACGGCUAUCCAAAUCGCCCUGGUAAACUUGUUGCGAGAAUGGGGUGUGUGUCCUACGUCAGUAGUAGGACACUCCAGUGGCGAGAUCGCUGCUGCCUAUGCUUCUGGAGCGAUCUCAGCUAGUCUUGCCAUUAUCCUCUCCUAUUUCCGUGGCCAAGCAAUAAAGGCUGUACCACCGAGAUCUGGCGCUAUGGCUGCCGUUGGAAUGUCGACCGAGCUGGCGAAGACAUAUCUGCGACAAGGGAUUACCGUGGCAUGUGAGAAUAGUCCCCAGAGCGUGACUUUGUCUGGGGAUAAGAAUGCCUUGGAUACCGUGCUCGCACAGAUCCACACGGACGACAAGGAUAUAUUCACUAGGCGGUUGGCUGUCGAUGUUGCAUACCACUCUCACCACAUGACUGAGCCAGCACAAGUCUACAAAACAUGCAUACUACCGUUCAUGUCGCAUAAUGAAUAUAUGGUACCACUAUACUCAACGGUGACAACGAGAGCAAUCUGCGACCCGUCGGAGUUGGAUGCUGGAUAUUGGUGCCAGAACUUGCAGUCCACGGUCUUAUUUGGCCCCGCCAUCCAGCAUAUGAUCAGAGACAACUCUACCAGCCUAUUAUUCCUGGAGAUUGGUCCCCACUCUGCACUUGCAGGACCAAUACGACAAACGAUUCAAUCCGAGCAGACCAUUGAAAGGAUCCCACCUUACGUCCCUACCUUGCGUAGAGGCCACGCCCAGUGGGAAAGCUUGCUCGAAACAGCGGGGCGUCUAUUUUGCCACGGGGCGCCGAUCAAUCUUUCUGCUGUGGUUGCUGAUGGCAAGGUGCUCACCGAUCUACCACUUUACCCAUGGCAACAUGAUGGUAGAUUGUGGAGUGAAUCUCGAUUAUCUCAUGACUGGAGAUUCCGGGAAGCGCCUUACCACGAGCUUCUCGGAUGCCGGUGCUUGGAAUCAACCAACGUGGAGCCAUCAUGGAGGAACCUUUUACAGCUCGACCAAGUACCGUGGCUUACAGACCACAGGGUUUGCAAGGAGGUUGUUUUCCCCUGCGCCGGAUACGUUGCAAUGGUUGGAGAGGCAAUACGUCAAAUAACUGGGACAACUGAUUUCACGGUCAAGAACCUGUUCAUGAAAACAACCUUGACAAUUGCACCUUCUGAAACUACAGAGGUUGUAACUAGUCUUCGGACAGAAAAGUUGACUGAUAAUGUUGAUUCGAGCUGGUUCGAGUUCACCAUCUCCGCAUUCCAGAAGGAAGUCUGGAAGAAAUACUGUGUCGGACAAGUCAGGCCUGGCCCGACCGAAGAGCACCCAACUCCUCAUAUCCCAACCUACUGCCGGUCCGUCUCCCGAGAUAGUUGGUACAGUGCGCUAGAAGGCCGUGGCCUUGAUUACGGCCCUCAUUUCCGAGGGUUAGACUCUAUCUUGGCUUCUUCAACCGAACCAAAAGCUACUGCCACCAUACGUGAUCAAAACUUGUUUCAUGCACACAAAUAUGCACUGCAUCCCAUAAUUAUCGACCAAAGUCUCCAGCUCCUCAGUGUCGCCGCAACAAACGGUAUGCCUCGUCGGUUAACGCGGCUAUGUAUCCCCAUGGCUAUUGAGGAGAUGUAUAUCGGAUUCGGAACAGGCUCAAUGACCCUGGAAAUGUCAUGUCAGGAAGCUGGGGGAGGCCUUUGCGGCAACGGGGUUGUUGUAGCCGGGAACAAAGUGGUCCUUUCUCUGCAUGAGGGGCAUUUCUUCAAUAUACAAGAUCCAGAUGUCGGUCGACCGUUGUUCCCAGAAGCCUCUGUCGCUCGCUGGAUGCCUCACAUUGACUUUGUUCCUCACGAGAAGCAGCUCCCACCACUAUCCGUCAACCUCUCACUUGGUGAAGGAGUUGCCCGAUUGACACUAUUGGCUAUUCUGGAGACGUAUUACCAGUCGCAACCUUUGGUGGCAGAGGUGCCGCAUCUCAAGAAAUGGCACUCGUGGAUCAAGUCGGAGUAUGAGCGUAUAUGCCGUGGUGGACAAACCUGGCUCGCGGACGUCAAAGAUGCUCUAUCCCUCAGUCAUCACGAGCGUAAAGAGGCUCUCAAAAACUAUAAAUGCUACUCGAACACCGAGAUCGAGAUGGCAAUCUAUGAAUUAUCCAAGAGCAUUAUUGGGUCCUUACCAGAAAUGAUGAAGGGUACUGUGGAACCCAUUGACCUUCUCAUGGAAGACGGCAAAUUGAGGUCUUUUUAUCAAUAUGCCUCGAGAAUGAAUCCAUGGAACAAAUAUCUGACAUUGCUUGGGCAUUCAAAUCCCCUACUCAGGGUUCUAGAAGUCGGCGGUGGCACCGGGGGCGACACUUUGAUGGCUCUGGAAGGAAUGACCUUAGGGAACGGCAACCGGCUUUAUGCCAAGUAUACCUUCACCGACAUCUCACCAGCAUUUCUACCGCACGCUAAAGAACGAUUCAAAUCGUACCCUGACAUUGAAUAUGCGAUCUUGGAUAUCAGUCAGGACCCUGCUGAACAGGGCUUCGAACCGGGAAGCUACGACUUGAUCAUCGCAUCGAAUGUCCUUCACGCCACGCCUAGCAUUUCAAAGUCGCUGACUCAUGUCAGGAAGCUUCUUGCACCUGGUGGUCGCCUGGUGCUCAUUGAGCUGACCCCCGAGACACCGCUCAUGGAUUAUAUUAUGGGCACCCUUCCCGGGUGGUGGCUUGGUGAGGCAGAUGGACGUCUCGGUAAACCUUACAUUACGCGUGAAGAAUGGCAUGAGAAAUUGCUGGAUGCCAGUUUCACUGGUGUUGAUGCUGCCCUGACCGACAACCAAGCACCCUACCAGUUGAAGUCGCAUAUCAUCUCUCAGGCUGUCCCUAUUCAAUGCUCACCAAAAGUCACUGUCUGCAUGUAUUACCGCGGACCUAUCACGGAAUGGGCUUUGAACCUUGAAAGCCAACUAUCACGGGCUGGGCAUACAGUCAACUGGCACAGCUUGCAAAACCCACCUCCGUUGGGAUCGAAUGUCAUAGUCCUGGUUGAUCUCGAAGGACCCUUCUUGAAUGACAUUACGGAAGAUGAUUUUAGGUGCUUGCAACUGUUUAUCUCCAACAUGAACAGUGGUCGUAUCCUUUGGGUCACACGACCGAUUCAAAUGCACUGCGAGGACCCUCGAUUUGCGUUGACAUUGGGAGUGGUACGAACAAGUCGACACGAGGUAACCCGUGAUUUCGCUACACUAGAGCUUGACAAGGUCGAUGAAGCCGCGGUGGAGUCAGUUGUUCAGGUCUUUGAAAAAGUGAUCUUACAAACAGACAAACCCACAGUCCAGCGAGACUUCGAGUUCGCUCUCCAAGACGGAUUGGUUCAUGUUAAUCGAUUCCAGUGGAGCUCUCUUGACGACCAGCUCAUUGAGACCUCUCAAGUAGAUGGCCCAAGAAAGCUAGACAUUGGUUCAUACGCUAUCCUGGAUUCCUUGACAUGGUCUUGCACGGGCUUCACAUCAUCCCCGCUUGGUGCAAAAGAUGUUGAAAUAGACAUCAAGUACUUUGCGCUUAAUUUUAGGGAUAUGAUGACUGCGAUGGGCUUCAUUGGUAACAAAGACAACAUUGGCUUAGAAGCCAGUGGAGUUGUUCGUCGCGUUGGAUAUGGUGUGACGGCUGUUUCAGUCGGCGACAGGGUGAUGGUGAUAGACAGGGGACUUGCCUGUAGCCGGAAGACCAUUCGUGAGGAUCAAUGUCUUCCUAUUCCAGACGACCUUUCUCUAGAGGAUGCUGCGGCAGUCACGUGUGUUUAUGCGACCGUGAUAUAUUCCCUCAUUCAUAUGGGGAACCUCGAAGAGGGUCAGUCAAUUUUGAUUCAUUCGGCUUGUGGUGGCGUGGGCUUGGCAGCCAUUCAGCUGUGUCAAAUGAUAGGGGCCGAGAUUUAUGCAACAGUUGGAAGCGAAGAGAAGGUCCGAUACCUCACCGAGACGAUGGGGAUUCCUGCAGAGCACAUAUUCAAUUCUCGAAACUCAUCAUUCUUACCUGCGCUGUUAAAGAAGACCAGCGGAAGGGGAGUCGACCUUGUGUUGAACUCGCUCUCGGGCGAAUUACUUCACGCGUCUUGGAAAUGCGUUGCCCGAUCUGGAAAGAUGCUGGAGCUAGGGAAGCGAGACUUUCUGGGCCAUGGUAAACUGGACAUGGAUCUAUUCUCUGAAAACCGAUCGUUUAUCGGAGUUGAUCUUCUCCAGGUUCUGGACGACGACCCGUCAUUACUGCAUCAGAUGGCACAAGAAAUGAUGGCCUACCUAAUCUCUGGCAGAAUACAGCCCAUACGACCCAUACAUACAUACGAGGCCGUGAAUGUGAAGAAAGCUUUUAGAUACAUGCAAGGCGGGCAGAAUAUGGGGAAGAUUGUCAUACGCAUGCCUGACAACCCAUCGCUUCUUCCUGUUUCGCAACUGCACGAGGCGACACCGUAUUUUACGGACUCAUCCUCCUACCUACUCGUUGGGGGACUAGGGGGGCUUGGAAGGGCAGUAGCAAUGUGGAUGGUGGAGAAGGGGGCCCGGCAUCUCAUCUUCCUGUCUCGCUCCGACACGAGCUCGCCCAAGCGACAGGACUUCGUGCAGGACCUCAUAUCUCAAGGUUGCUGCGUAACAGCCGUCAAAGGAGACGUGGCGAACCUGGGAGAUGUCCAGCGGGCCAUCGAUGCAGCGCGUAAGCCAAUUGCGGGUAUUGUUCAGAUGUCUAUGGUACUGAAGGACCAAAGUCUAGCCAAGAUGUCAUAUGGAGAGUGGAAAGCUGCCUUAAGCCCCAAGGUUCAAGGGACAUGGAAUCUUCAUCACGCGUUCAAACAUAUGCCUCUUGAUUUCUUUGUCCUGAUGGGCUCCGUAGCUGGAAUCUGUGGUUGGAGCGGUCAAGCAAAUUAUGGAGCAGCUAACACCUUCCUCGAUGCCUUUGCUCAAUACCGCCGCUCCCAGGGCCUCGUCGCCAGUGUCAUUGACCUAGGUCUGAUGGAGGACAUUGGAUAUGUCUCGGAGUUCUCGCUAUUAGAUACCCUAGCCAGAGCACGCUCGAGCUCUAUUCUGAUGUUAGGGGAAGCCCACUUGCUGAAGGCAAUGGAGAGAACGAUACUUUCUUCAAAGUUCGAGUCAGAAAGUCAGCUUAUAAUUGGCCUCGGCUCCACUAACGUCAUGUCGGACGAUGAUCUCGCUGUCAUGUGGACUCAGGAGGCUCGGUGCAGUGCAUGGAACAACAUUUUAUCCAACGUGAACCAAACCUCGGUUAUCUCCAAAGCCGAUGAAUUGAGGGAGUAUAUGAAGGCGAUUCAGAAAGCACCUGAACUCCUUGACAAGCCGGCGACCGAGCAAAGACUUACCGAGGAAUUGGGAAAGCUGAUAGCGUCUUAUACCUCCUGUCCUGACGAAAUGACGCGCGAUGAGCUAGCCAACAUCGCCAUUGACUCAUUGAUGACAUUUGAAAUCCGGACUUGGUUCCGUCGCCAUGCUGCGAUUGAGUUAACCUUGCUAGACGUUUCCAACGCCGGAACUGCCCGCGAGCUCAGUAAAGUUGCGCUUCGCAAAUUGCGCGAUCUCCUGAGCCAAGGAAAAUCGGGAGAAGUGCGGAGCUUAGAGAGCUUUGAGAAUGUCAAUGACAAUUAUGAAAAAGACAUGGAGCUCGGGACCGAACUUCGACCGCUACCUGGCCAAGCGCCGGAUUGGACGUCCGACUCAGAAGGUCGUGUCUUUUUGACUGGCGCCACUGGGUUCCUUGGUGCAUUUCUAUUGGAACAGUUUGUCUGUCUUCCCCAGGUGAAGUCCAUUGCCUGCUUGGUCCGAGCUAGCAAUGCUGCUGCCGGCAUGGAGCGAUUGAGCGACGCGUGCAGGAAGUUCGGCAUUACGAUCAAUUUCCGCGCCAAAGUGUUUGUUGUCCCGGGUGACAUAACGAAAGACCACCUAGGACUCGCGCGACAGAGGUACGACCAGCUAGCCAAGUGGGCGAGUGUUGUAUUCCAUUUUGGAGCCUAUGCCAAUUACACGCUACCAUAUUCGGUCCACCGAAGCUCCAAUGUGCUCGGAACCUUGGAAAUUCUUCGAUUCGCCAAUAGUGGCCGUCUCAAAGCAGUACAUCAUUGUUCCAGUAUCUCGGCCUGCGGUAUCCCCGAAGCUCUCAGCGGUGAGACACCCGAGGACCAGAGGCCUCUUCUUGAAUCCCAGAAGAUCUCGCAGACCCUCGGUUACUCUCAGAGCAAGUUUGUUUCGGAGAACAUUGCUUGGAACGCGAUGGAAAGAGGCUUCCCGAUCGCAAUCUAUCGCCCCGGUAUAGUGACAGGCCACAGCGUCACCGGCGUAUGCAAGAAGGAAGAUGUGUUCAAUCGUCUUUUGUCACAUUGUAUCCGACUGGGCUGUUACCCGCGCCCACCCGACCAGCUCGCCCAAUUUGUCCCCGUAGACUUUGUCUGCCCCGCAAUUGCGCAAAUAUCGCUCCGGAGUGAUAGCGUCGGUCAUGCCUUCAACGUCGUCCUACCGGGUGAGGGACAAAAGAUUACCUUGAAGGGCAUAUUCGAUCUCCUCAGUCAGAUCUGCCCAUCGCCUUUGCAAAGCAUGUCAUUCCCUGAAUGGGCAGAGCUGUACAUGAAAGGCGGAGAUACUAAUAUCAAGGUAGUUGCGCCUGUGCUUUCUGACAGGCUGGCAGGCUAUAGACUCUGGUGGGACGAAAUGGAUCAUAUCUCGCCCUUCAGCACGGUGAAUCUGCAUCAUGCCUUGUCAGAUCACCCUGAAAUUCUCCAGUUGAAGUCCAUGCGAGAACUGCUCAAAACUUACUAUGAGUAUUGGAUGCAUGAAGAGAAGGAUGAGGCAUAG